CGAAGAUUGCUCACAAGAGGUGUAGGGAACUGGGGCAGGGGGUAAAUAACAGACUUGCUUCCCGUCGUCCUGAGAGUGACCAGUGCAUGAGCUUCCUGAAUGUUCACUCUGUAUAUAAGAAGUUUCUGACACUGGGACUCAUUAUGUUUUGAGGUAAUUUCCCUAUUACUAGAUGGGGUUGGAGGGAGUAAGCCAGUCGUUGGAUAUUCUCUUGUCUGAGAUGCUGCAGAGCAGUUUAAGUGAGCACAAAAUGGACUCAGAUGCUUCCUCCGUGGCUGAGCGAGCUGGCAGGCAGCAUCGAUGGAGCCCUGCUCAGAAGACCCCCAUCUCUGUUGGGUCUCCCGACUCCUGGGAUUCACCAGUCUCCUCCUCAGCGUCUGCAGCAAUGGGGCCAAGAGUUCUGGAGUCCACAGUCCUGGAGUUCAGGAUUCUGGAGCUCAUGGUCUUCUGCAGGGGAUCCAAGGAGGUUCUGUGCUGUUUCAUGUGUUCAAGAAGCAACAAGCUGAGCUGAAGGAGAUCACAUGGGGCUUUGGCCCUGGGUCAGAGUACAGAGUCCUGCUGCGAGUCCGUCCUGGGGAAGCUCCCAUAUGGGUGAGCCUCCAGGACAGGUACCAGAAGAGGGUCUGUGUGCCCAACAUGAUGUCUCUGAAGAUUGAGAACCUGACCUCUGAGGACAGUGGGUCGUACAGGGCUCGAGGCAGCUGCACUGGAGGAGUAGAAUUUACCCAGGUUUUCCACCUCACUGUCUAUGAGCCUGUGCCUGUUCCCAAGAUCCAGGUCCACUCAUCAUCUAUCACACCAGGUUGGUGCAAUGUUACCGUGGAGUGCAUGACCUCAGGGGACACAGAGGACCUGAAGGUGACCUGGGAGGGCAAGGGCCUCCCCAAGGAGCUGGAGGAGAAGGUGAUGCCUGGACCAGCCUACAACUCCCACACCCUGGCUGUGAACCUGCCCCUGGGCAAGCCUUACACCAAUAUCACCUGUGUGGUCAGCAACCAAGUGGACCAGAAAACUGACACCUUCGACCUUGGGAGAGUCUGUGACCAUGUGAGGGAAACAGGUUCACAUGGAAAGGCCAUUGUUGGCACCCUUGGAGGCAUCCUAUGUGCUGUCAUGGCUGUGCUACUCUUCCUGGGAACCGGACUGUACCUUUGGAUGAUGUAUAAGAAAAGGUACCUGACUUCUGAAAGAGGAUUGCAGCAAAUCCACAAGGACCGUGAUGAUGGCAUAGACUGUGCAGAAUUGAGCCAGAAAAUGUAUCAAGAAGGCAUGUACAUGGAUAUAAAUGAGCAAUAUAUGAAAGAAGAGCGACCUUUCUACACUGUCUACUCUGUGAUCCAUAACGAGUGAGGAUAUGAAGAUAAUUUAAUUGGAGGAAGCAAAGGAAUCUGGCAGUCUUGGACACCUCCAAUCUGAUCCUGAUAUCUUUCAGACACCUGCUUCUCCAAUUCUGAUUCUGCUCCAGCUGCCCCUGAUCUCUUUUACUCUGACCCAUGUGACUUCAGCUCAAUAAGGAAUGGAUCUGGACCUUCAGAGCCUAAAAUGGGUGAAGUUUUGUCCUGAGAACUUUGCAAAUAAUAUCUCUUCUAAUUCUUAUCAGGACCCUCUAGAGCCAUCAUAUUCUGUAUUUUAUAAGACAGUAGCCAUUGUCCCCAAACUAGUUGGUGUCAGAACAAAGCCUUAAAUCCAAUACUAAACAAUUCCAGGUUUCACAUCUUACUGAUUCUCUGUAUUGUACCGAAGACCUUGGAAUCUUGGAGUAUUCAGAUGGGAAUAUGCCUCAUUUGUUCCUCUCCCAAGUCUCCAGCUUCUGAUUCAGUUGCCCCAUUUGGGCUGAGUUCAUUGCUGAUGGAUCAUCUGGUGGUUGAAAGAGGAACUGCUAUUAAGUGGACACUGCAGACUUGGUAUGUGGGAGGCAUGGAAUGAGGAAACUUGCCCUUGGUACUGAGGAAACAUUCUGAGAAGACAUGCUUCUCACUCUUGGGUCUUGUAGGAGUUCCUUCCUCUCUUUCCAAAGUGUGUUGUGGGUUUCAGCAUUGCAAUCUUCAAACCAGCUCUCCUUGCUUUUUAUUCAAAACUCCACUCGUUAGGCUUUACAUAACUUUUUCAUAUGGACUUUCGACAAUUUUGUGAGGCAGAAAUCUCCACUGUACAUAUGGAAAAACAAAAUGUACAGACUAAAUACCAUGCUUGAGUUCUCCCCAGUUAAAGUGAUGUGCCUGAUUUGGGUUCACAGAGGAUUAUAACUUCACUCAUUUUGACUCCUUCUUCUCUGUCAUUCCAGACCCCCAGUCAGUUACUAGCUUGCAUUGGGUGAUCCUUCACAUAGCUUUUUGUCCUCCAUCCUUCUCUCAUUCUUUCAUUCCCAUCUUUUAUCUGCAGUUCCACUGUUUCUACAUUUCUACCAUCAAUGCAGAGGAUGUCUCCAUGUAACUCUUGUUAUUUUUGUGACUGUGGCCAUGCUAGUGUGUGAUGUAUCUCAUCGUUGUUUGGAAUUGCAUUUCCGUAGUGAUUAAUGAUGGUGAAUGUAUUUUCACGUGUACUGACCUUUGUCUAUCUUAUUUGGAGUUAAUCAGUUUCUCUCUCUGAUCUUCUCUCAUCAUACUUUGCCCCCAUCAUACCAAUAAAAGUGCUUUUGUUCAGGUCCCCUGGAAACUCCAUGUGUUUUAAGUCCAGUGAACAUUCUCAGUUUCAUCUCCCUUGAAUUUCAGCAGCAAUGAACCUGUCCUUUCUUGAAUCACUGCAUCACUUUGCCUUCACUACUCACCAUUCUUUUCCUCCUCCUCAGUGGUAGCUCACUAGUUGCCUUGACUGGUUUCUUUCUCAUCUAUCCAAUCUCUAAAUUCAGGAAUAUUCUAGGGUUCAUACCAAGACCAACCAGAUUACCUCUCUUCAAUAUCUAUACUUGUUUAUUUCUGGUGUGUGGCCACAUGCUAAUCCCCAGAUCAUAUGACUAUGUGAAUUUCACAGGCAAAAAUGUCUUACAGAUGUGAUCAAAGUUAAGGCCCUUGAGAUUGGGAAAUUA